CUCCAAACACCUCCCCCUUCACAGGGACCUCCUACCCCGCCGCGGAGACCUCGGUCCAGCCCUGCUGCAUCACAAAGAACCCCCCCCAGCCUUCCUUCUCCAGCCACGGGAGCCCCUCUCCGCCCUCAUUUUGGGGUCAUCCCUGUUGCAUGAGGGGCCACUGGGUGGGCGUGGGAUUACCCGUUGCCUGUCUUCCCCUCUACUCCCUAAGGCAGCCGCUGCUCCAUGUUAUCUUAAUAAUCAUAAUUCCCACCCUCCCGUUCAUACUUUGCCGCAGGAAUGGACCAGCAACUCCAUAGCUCCACAGGGGUUGCAUGACUCUUUGGCGAUGAACGCGGCCAGAAGCGGCUACCGAGUCUUCUCGGCCAAUUCCACCGCAGCCUCCACCGAGCUGGCGAAGAAGAUCACGGAGCGACUUGGUGCUGAGCUGGGAAAAUCUGUGGUAUACCAGGAAACCAAUGGAGAAACAAGAGUUGAAAUAAAAGAGUCUGUCCGUGGACAGGAUAUCUUCAUCAUACAGACAAUCCCCAGAGAUGUGAAUACUGCUGUCAUGGAGCUGCUGAUCAUGGCCUAUGCACUGAAGACUUCCUGUGCCAGGAACAUCAUUGGGGUCAUCCCCUACUUCCCCUACAGCAAACAGAGCAAAAUGAGGAAGAGGGGCUCCAUAGUCUGCAAGCUGCUGGCUUCAAUGCUUGCCAAGGCAGGUUUAACACACAUUAUCACUAUGGACCUUCAUCAAAAGGAAAUCCAAGGCUUCUUCAGCUUUCCAGUAGACAACCUGAGAGCAUCCCCUUUCUUGCUUCAGUAUAUACAGGAAGAAAUUCCAGAUUACAGAAACGCAGUUAUUGUAGCCAAAUCUCCUGGUGCUGCUAAAAGGGCUCAGUCUUACGCUGAGAGGCUGCGCCUGGGGCUGGCAGUGAUCCAUGGAGAGGCUCAGUGCACGGAGCAGGACAUGGAUGACGGGCGUCACUCCCCUCCCAUGCUCAAAAAUGCAACUGUGCAUCCUGGCCUGGAGCUGCCAUUGAUGAUGGCCAAGGAGAAACCGCCAAUAACUGUGGUUGGAGACGUUGGAGGAAGGAUUGCCAUCAUUGUGGAUGACAUCAUUGAUGAUGUGGAAAGCUUUGUAGCUGCUGCAGAGAUCCUGAAAGAGCGUGGAGCCUACAAGAUUUUUGUGAUGGCUACUCAUGGGCUCCUGUCAGCAGAUGCCCCUCGUCUCAUAGAGGAAUCCUCCAUUGAUGAGGUGGUAGUGACCAACACUGUUCCUCACGAGGUGCAGAAGCUGCAGUGCCCCAAGAUAAAGACUGUGGAUAUCAGUUUGAUCCUGUCGGAAGCCAUCCGGCGAAUCCACAACGGCGAGUCCAUGGCCUAUCUCUUCCGCAACAUCACCGUCGAUGACUAAACCUGAGCCUGCCCCUCUCCUGGAUUCCACAAGAGAAGGAAAUCUGCAUGGAAAGGCAAUACCAUAAAACAUAGGCAUAACACAGCUGUUUAUUUUUGUAGGAGUGUUGAGGUUUUCAGGGUCUUGAGCCAUGAGAUCUAAUAGAAAAAAAAUCAACCUGACCAGCACUUUACAAGUCAAUAGAAGGGGGCCACUGGCAGUGGGGGGAAUUACACCUUGAUUGAGAGAGAUGGAAAAAUGAGGUGGUGUUGAAUUUUUAAGUUCCUUUAAUGAUUUUUUUUUAGUGUGUUUUCUCUUGCCCUGUAGGGGCAGAAAGAAAAGCUAAACAGAAUUAGCUGUCAGCCUGUGAGAAGGGAACAGGGACUGCUCAUUGCUGUGUGGGCAGCGAGAGCAGCCUUUGGGGUUGUUUCUGGCUGUGUCUCACCCCAGAGCAUGGAAGGGAAUGUUCAGGCUGUGCUGCUGGCAGAGCUGAGCCAACAGCAGCUCCGUGCCAGCUCAGUGGCCUCUCCUCUCCUGCACAGCAGAGCAGGGACUUUCAUCAAAACUAAGUUAGCGGAACAUCCCAAAAGGACAGCUUAGGGCAGCCCAUUGGCAGGGCUGCUCCCAUCCCUGGGUCAGGGAGCUGGGAACAGGCUCGUGUGUGUGUCCCAGCAGAGCAGGGAAUGCUAGUUAAUGUGUUGGCCUUUUCAUUUUGGGAGCUUUGGAUCAUUAUUGCUCUUCAGUGACGAAUCACGGGAGGGUCUUGGUCCUCUCUGGAACACUUGUCUGCACUGCAAAACCAGGCGUGAUUUUUGGAGUUGCCUGGGGCUGAGUUUGUGGCAGAGUCUUGUGGGGAAGGGAAGUUGGAACAAUAUCUGCUUCUAAUGCAGCUGUGCUCUCCAAAACACUAACACUGAACCUGCAAUAAAAAGUAUAAGAUUUUUCAGCUUUGGUGCUUCCUAUGAAUCCUGUGCCCUCUGAGGAGCUGCUGUGUCUAUUCAGUGGGGCUGUUGCUGUAACAAGGCUCACUUGGCAGCUUGUAGCCUUCUUCCAUGGGGAAGUAGGACUGGCUGAUCACUCCUGUCUUGAGUGAUACUAAAUUUUGGGUGGAGGGGACACUUGAGGAAGCAGCACAAGAUGCAUGUGGAGGGCUUUGUCUCCAGGAUGAUAGAAGGAUAAACUCCCAAACUGAUCAUUCCCCUUGAUGAGACAAGCACACUCCAGAAAAAAACCUACACCACUGGUCUGCUGAUGUGAAGAACAAAUAAAAGCUGCUGGAAGCAGUUGCUUCAACAGCACAGGAAAUGUUUAGUUGUUUAGUUUUGGUUAUCUUUAUUCUACACUCUUCUUUUUCCACUCCAACAUAUAAAACAUGCCAAGGGGCACAGUGACUGAGCAGGACAAGCCUUUAAUACCAGGGAAACAAACUCAGCAUGGAGUGCUUGGACCACCUUCAGUAUCCAGCAUGGAUUAAACCUCCACGCCAAACUCCAUGAGGGAUGUGCAGAGCUGAAUGAUGUAGCAAAGCUAUUAAUGGUUUUUCCUGCACUUUCCAAGUACCACAAACAAAUCUCAGCUGUACUCUGUGACCACAGCCUGGCUCCUUGGCCUGGAGGGGUAACAUAAAGCUGUACUGCAAGUAUUGAACAACUCAGCUGGAGCUGUGGAGUCCUUGCAAAUGUCUGUGCCCCCUUUCUUCUGAGCCAGUGCUGCACAAUGUUCUUCAUCCUGGAAGUCAGUGUUAAAGGUGUGAGCAGUAUUGCUGUUCUCUCCCCUUCAAAGUGCUUGUCAGUCCUGCCAGGAGCAAGGCUGUGGCUCAUUGAGGGUUGUUGCCCCAUUCAGGCUUGCUUUUGCUGGGCUGUGUUUGGGUAGGAACCACAGAAUCACAGCACCACUGAGCAGAGGGUUGUGCCUGUGUGCCCUCAUUGCCAUGAGUGAAUGCUUUAUGGCUGCUUAAAGAAUCACCAGCAAAGGUAUCAGCAGAAGCAGGUUUAGUAUAGAAGUGAAAGUUCCCCAAAGUUGUUGGCACGGUUCACUCUACUACUUACUAUGUGGUAAAAGAAACGUAAAUUUAAAACCAAUCAAUCUAAAGCCAAAAUCAAUCCAAAAAUUACCUACAUUGUGGCUGGGGAAGGGGGAAGGAGAAGGGCAAGGAUAAAAAGGAAACACAAGAUGAGUCACAAGGUUCAGAGUAGACCUCCUUGCAAAACUGAGCUCCAGACUUGUCCAAGAGUUUAGUCCCAAAGCACUUAACAGCAGUUAACAGGAUAAACUGUGAAGCUAUUGCUUAUGCUGAAGUUAAAUAAUUAAACAACUUCAUCAGCAUUUAUUUAAAAAUCUAAAGUACUUAAGGAUCUAGGAGACCAGCAUCCAUAAUAUAUUCGCUGUAGUGCAUUCCCACCCGCAGACCUGAAGGAGCUUGUACAAGGUACUCUGAAAAAUUCCCCUCAAGCUCCUGGAAAUACAUCAGAUGUCUUUGCAUCUUCUCAACAGGCAAAGAGUGGAGCCUUGAGGAAUGGCUGUAAUUUCUUUCCAUCCUGGCCACAAUUCAGGUCAGCAGCUUUCUUUGAAAGUUCGAUAAUAAAAAUGUUGUUCCGCUUGGGUUGUUAUUCAGGCAAGAAAAAUAGUUUUCCAAGGCUGUUUGUUAAAAAUCAGGAGCUUGUUAAGCAGCAGAAGUUCUGGGAGCAGACAGUGUUUCUGAUAAGAUUGAGAGUUGCUCAGCCCAGGUGCUGUUCUCGAGGCCAAGGCCUAACAAGCAUUUCUGAGAUAAUAGUGCAGCUCAAGAGCUGGGGGAAGGCACCACCAGAAUCCACCCCGUGACUAAAGACAGCUUGUAUUGCUCCACAGAGUGGCAUGUGCUCACCUCUUGCCUCUGUGCCUAUAAACAGGGAUUUAUUAUGUCCAACUUGAAAAUUGUGAGAAAUUUUUGAUCAGGUUAGCAAAAUACUGUGAUUUUUAAGACUGUUGGAUGUGAGGGAACAGUAUUAUGUAUGCAAGGACCUCUGUGGGACAGUGCUACCUGUCUAGCUAAUAUAAACACUCCAACAUAUAGAACACUGCAGUACAUUAAGCAUAAAAUGACAGAAAUCAGCAAAAUUACAACAGAAUGUGAUGUUAGAUCUGGAAUUCCUGUUGCAGUGGGUGACCACCCAAACACUAUCCCACCAGUGAUGUUCUCUGUUUCUCAUCACGUUGUAUCCCUUCUGUAUUUGAUUAAUAGUGAUUAGAGCUGUGUCCAUUGCUUCCUUCCAGCAGCCAGCACAACUCUUUGUGCUGCAGUAGUUUUUCCACCAGUGCAAGGUUCAUUCCAGUGGGGGUGAGCAGGAAAUCUUGCUGGGAUGUGUAGAUAGAUUGUAGCAGCAAUUCAUGGGUUGUGACAGAACUGAAUAGUUGAAAUCACAUCCUCUUAAUUUUGGAGAAAACUACAAAUGCAAAUGUUUGAGUGAUGGCUUAUUUCUAUAGUGGUGUGGUCUUUUUGGAAUCACAAAUUGUUCUUACUUUCCCAAUGUAUACAAGUACAGUUUCAAGCAUUUCAGCAGGACAUAUUUCAAAAUGAGAAGCAUUUUCUUCAGUACCAAGACAAAUGUCUUGGACAUUAGUAUUGGUGUUACUUCCACAAAUAAAUCCCUGUUGUUCCUGUACAACACACACAUCAACAGUGA